CGAUAGUGCUGCGUCUUUGGGUUGCUCUAGCGAUGCGGAAGGCGGGGUCUGGUAACCUGGUAACCACCGAAACACCGUUGAUAGGAUGGCAUUGCGGAAGAACUUAAAAUCUACUGCAAGCAGCAAAUUGGUGAUCACCUCAGCCGCUUUCCAAGACCACAUGAUGCGGAGCCUGCUGCAUCCGGAUUUCUCAUUUUCUGACCCUUUGUGGAGACGCAGUAGAAGCAAACAUCCCCGGCCGGGAGAAGACAUGAAGGAGAGGGAUCUGCAAAGGAGAGAUGCGCGAGAAGAGAGAGAAUAUGUGCUUGGCCCUGCUCUACCGCCUUUAACGUUAGCUCAGAAGUUGGGUUUGGUGGCCUCCCCUGGCGAAAUACUGACAGAGGACCAAUGGACUCGGGUCAAGUCGAGGUCUGUUCAGCAGGAGGAAUCAGCUCAGCCCUGUGCAAUAUGCAGGGAGGAGUUUCACCUCCAGCCUCAGGUGUUGCUAUCCUGCUCUCACGUUUUCCACAGAGCGUGUCUGCAGGCCUUUGAGAGGUUUUCUGGACGGAAGCGCUGCCCGCUGUGCAGAAGGGAGCCGUAUGAAACACGUGUUAUCCACGAUGCAGCUCGCCUUUUCAAGCAUCAGUGCGCCACCAGGAUUCAAGCAUACUGGCGAGGCUACGUGGCUCGUAAAUGGUACAGAACUAUCAAGAAAACCAUCUGCCCAAAAGACAAAAGGCUGAGACGGCAGUUUUUCGAAGCAAGGUUGCAGGAGUUGAAUGACAGCUUUGUCCGAUACUGUCACACCGACACGGAGGCUUUUCUGAGUGAUAUCGACCGCUCGCUGUCAUCAAGCAGACGAGUGUUCCAGCAGCUGGAGAAAAAGAGCGUCUCCAAACCUCGGGAGAACGACUGGGACCGAAUAAAGAGCCAGGUUAUCCAGAGAGAUGUGUGGGACUGUCCCAUCUGCCUGACUGCACUGAGCAGUCUCAGCCUCCCGACAGAAUCGGACAGAUCCGACCAUCAACAGCGGAGACCGGCCGUGCUCCUGUCCUGUUCCCACCUUUUCCACCAGAUUUGUCUGGAGGCCUUUGAGGCCUUCUGUGCAGAUAGCAGACCUGUGUGUCCACUGUGCAGAUCUGUGUACCACAAAAAACUCAUCUAACAAGGUGGAGAUAGCAUUUUAGAUGAAUCCAUGUGGGUCAUUCGAUAAAGUCAGAAUCAGCUGUUUGGGGGGA